GUCGCCGUCAUGGCGCAGACGACCGAAAUGACGGACGAGCUGCAAGUGUACCUCUGGAGCCGCCAACUCGUGGACUUUCGGCCGGCCAUUGUGUCUGCCUCGGAAGGACCCGUCGUUGUCGACAACAUCAUCUACAACCAGCAGCUCGCAUCACUUCUCGACGGCCUCCGCAACGAAGUGGAGCUCCGGCGCAUGGAUCGACCUGCUGCGUCAGUGAAGCGGUCGACGUUGCUUGUGCGCCAAGCCAGCAUGCGACACCCCGUGGUCGAAGCCAUUGCGUCUCGCUUUGUAUUUAUUAGCCACGGCAACUGCCACCUCGAGUUUGCGCGGCGUCUCAAGUCGGCGCUGUGGGACCAAGGGGUCUUUGCCUACAUUGAGCACGAGCACGCGGGCUUGAGCAUCAACGACGCGAUCCUCAAGUGCGACGCGUUCAUCCCCGUUUUUUCGGAAGCGUCCUGCGUCUCGGACGUCUUUUCCGACCAACUCUCGUUUGCCGAGAACCGCGAGAAGCGUAUUGUGCCGGUGCUAUUUUCACCCAACUUUUUCCGCCUCGCGCACCUGUACUCGCUCUCGUUGCACAAGUCAGUCGUGCACUUUAACGAAGCCAUUGGGUUCCAAGAGAGCCUCGACCACCUCUUUGCGGCGUACCCCUGGAUUCAAGCCAACGACAGCGUCGAACUCGAUUUGGACAGCGACGGCAGCGAGCACGAAAAGCCACCAGUGUCAGAAGCUCGCAAUCACACGGGCGUCGUACCACUCACAAAGGAAUCGGUGGUCUCGUCCUCUUGACCUCUAAAAAUGAAUGUGGUCGAAUGACAACGUAAAAUGUGGUCGACGCGCGUAUCUCCAAAUGUGAUUUUAUUUACAAUAUGCCUGAUUUCAUGCAA